AUAUCAUUUGGUUCCAAAUAGAUAGCCGAUCCGAUCUGAAACCGAGAUAAAUUAGACGAUCGAAUGCUGCAGAAACCAUUCUUACGUUCAAAGUAUAAUUGGUUGUCGAAGGAUUCGCUUUUAAACGGCACGAAAUUAUCAAAUAUUAUUGCGACCCGCACCAAGCUCGUUUCGUGUUCCCAACUUCGAAACCCUCGGGUCGUCGCUCUGUCCAUUGUGCCUACUGGCUACUGCUUUGCAUUUCCAGUCCUGAAGCUGCUACAUGCUACUGAAUAAACACACACAUAAACACACACAAUUAUACUACUGCUCGUAGGGAGAGAGAUCGAUCAGAUGGACUUGGAAGGGACGCCGACUCUCCAUGGAUGCCACAUGCCCGCAGAGUUUGAACCCCACUCACAUUGUUGGAUGGGUUGGCCGGAACGUCAAGAUAAUUGGCGAGACUGUGCAUUCCACGGCCAACGUGUAUUUGUCAAAGUAGCAAUUGCAAUCUCAAAGUUUGAGCCUGUCACUGUCUGUGCCAGUGCUGCUCAGUGGACACAUGCACGCAGUCAGUUACCUCAACAUAUCAGGGUUAUUGAGAUGAGUAUGAAUGAUUCUUGGUUUCGUGAUACUGGGCCAACUUUUGUUAUACGCAAGAGCAAAUCAAGUUCUGGGAACCCGGAACAGAAAGUUGCAGGAAUUGAUUGGAACUUCAAUAGUUGGGGUGGCACUGACGAUGGUUGUUAUAGAGAUUGGAGUCUUGACCUUCUUGUCGCAAGGAAGAUUCUGGCAAUUGAAAUGCUUCCUAGGUUUCCACAGUGUAUGAUUCUUGAAGGUGGAAGCAUCCAUGUAGAUGGAGAAGGGACUUGCCUUACUACUGAAGAAUGCCUCUUGAAUAAAAACAGAAACCCUGAUUUGACAAAAGAACAAAUAGAGCAUGAACUUAAAGCAUAUCUUGGAGUCAAGAAGAUUAUCUGGUUGCCUCGUGGAUUGUUCGGUGAUGAUGAUACAAAUGGUCAUAUUGACAAUAUGUGCUGUUUUGUAAAGCCCGGUGUGGUUAUUUUAUCCUGGACUGAUGAUGAAUCCGAUCCACAAUAUGAGCGGUCUAUGGAAGCCUUUUCUAUUCUCUCCAAUGCUACAGAUGCUAAUGGUAGAAAAUUGCAAAUAAUUAAACUCCAUGUACCUGGGCCACUCUAUAUGACAGAUGAAGAGGCAGCUGGAAUAAUGCAGGAGUGUGAGGCUAAAGCAAGACUUCCUGGUACAAGGCUUGCUGCUUCAUAUGUAAACUUUUACAUUGCCAAUGGAGGAAUUAUAGCACCACAAUUUGGGGAUCAAAAGUGGGACGAUGAAGCUGUUCAUGUCCUGUCGCAGGCCUUUCCGGAUCAUGAAGUGGUAAGAAUCGAAGGUGCCAGAGAAAUUGCUUUAGCAGGUGGAAAUAUACAUUGUAUCACACAACAGCAGCCAGCCUGUCCGUGAGUGCACUGAAGCAUGACUAAGUAGAUAAAUAGAUCGGCGGAGGUCUAGUUGUUUCAUUUGUGAUGAACUAAAUAAUGGGUACUUUGUGAUUAAUCACUUUGAACGUGUGUGGAAAUGGUGAAGGCAACAUUUUGAGCCAAAACAGGACACUUAACCAAAUAAUUACUGGUACACCUCUUGAAAAUAGGUACAAGCAUAACUUUAAGUUUUUUUGUUUUGUUUUUGACUCAACCUGAGUUUGAUCAGUUACUGUUCUAUUCAUAAAAACUUUUAAAGGGGUUUGUGGAGGGUCAGAGGUGGUUUCCAUGAUGGUGCUUAAGCACUGAGUUAUUUAUUUAAUUUUUCAAUUAAAAUGUUAAGCUUACAUUUAAAAAACUUGAAUUAUGUAUAAGAAUUAUUGUCAGAAUUAAGGCGAAUUGGAAUUGUUUAUGAUCUUCUUCAAAGAA